GCAAAAGUUCGUUCGGUCUGUCAACGGAGCGGGUUCACUAGCUGGUUGUUAGGCCAAACGACUCGAGGUCAGCUGCUUCCCAUGGGCAGGGCUCAACUACAGGUUGAUGAAGAGAAGAUCUUCGCUUGGACGCCAACUUUGGACUGUCCAUGCAUAUACUUAUUGACUUGAAGAAUGUUUACCCCCCGGAGAGGACACUCACGAGACUGCGAAGAAACAGUGCGGCCACUCGCAAGUAUAGUAAGAGCAGGUGAGUCAAUUAGAUCGUGAAGCUGACAAGACGUGCUUGGGAUGUCAACGCAUGUCAGCUUGGAGUUGCUGAUCCCGUCGGGAGGGUCGGACUAUUAAGACUUUUCCCAUGGCCAAAUCAUCGACUGAUUUUUGACCGGCCAAUCAGAAUGCGCGCUGACACUUUUUAGUGCCAUUAAUUUCUGAGCAUUUUCGCUUGUGUUGCUAUCACCCCAGUCCAACGCUCGUUCCGUCUCUUCCCCAGUUCAUAGCUCGCUCGUCGUCGCAUACGUCGACUAGCUAUGGCUUCCUACCUCAAGCACCUCACCGCCUCCGCGCCCCUUCCUUCCUUCACCCGCGAGGCUCUUGCCGACAUCCCCAUUCGUUCCCUGUUUGAGAACGCGAACGUGUCUCUGGCCAACACCCCCUGGUACUGGACCGCUGCUGCCAUUAUCGGCUCGCUUCUCGUCCUCGAGCAGUCCGUAUACAGGUACAAGAAGAAACACCUCCCUGGCUCGUCAUGGACUAUCCCGCUUAUUGGCAAGUUUGCCGAUUCGGUUAAUCCUACCAUGGAGGGCUACAUGGCCCAGUGGGCCCAAGGGGCGCUGAGCGCUAUCAGCGUGUUCAAUAUUUUCAUCGUCAUGGCAUCGACGAACGAACACUCGCGGAAAAUCCUCAAUUCGCCAAACCACGCUGAGCCUUGCCUCGUCUAUUCGGCGAAGAAGGUUCUUAUGGCUGAGAACUGGGUAUUCCUCACUGGCAAAGAGCACGUCGACUACCGCAAGGUCCUCAACACGCUUUUCACGCGUAAGGCCCUUGCGACUUACAUCAACAUCAUGGACUCGAUCACUCGUGAGCACAUUACUGAAUGGCUUGCCGAUGCUGCACGUGAUCCCUCGCCGAAGCCUAUCAUGAUGACUGCCCGCAAUCUGAACAUGGAGACGUCCCUCCGCGUCUUCUGCGGCCGGCAUGUUCCCCAGGAGGGCGCUCGCGAGAUCGCCGACAAGUACUGGCACAUCACCAAGGCUCUCGAGCUUGUCAACUUCCCCUUCGCAUUGCCCGGUACCAAGAUCUACAAUGCUAUCCAGGCGCGCAAGGUCGCCAUGCGCUGGCUCGAGACCGCCGCCGCCAAGGCCAAGGCUGCUAUGGCUGAGGGCGGUGAGCCCGAAUGCAUGCUCGAGGAGUGGGUCCGUGUGAUGGAGCAGCCGACGUACAAGGGCCGCAAAGACUUUAGCAACAAGGAGAUGGCCAUGGUCGUGCUCUCGUUCUUGUUUGCUUCCCAGGAUGCCAUGAGCAGCGGUUUGAUCUACGGCUUCCAGCACCUCGCUGACAGCCCCGAGAUCCUCGCCAAGCUUCGUGAGGAGCAGUACCGUGUCCGUGGCGGAGACGUCGACAAGCCUAUGACCCUUGAGAUGAUCGACGAGAUGCCUUACCUCAUGGCCUUUGUCAAGGAGAGCAUGCGGAUGAAGCCCCCUGUGACCAUGGUCCCUUACAAGACGACGAAGGCCUUCCCGAUCUCGAAUGACUACACCGUUCCUAAUGGCAGCAUGGUCAUCCCUACGUUCUACAACUCCCUGCACGACGAAUCGAUCUACCCCAAGUCCGAAGAGCUCAUCCCUGAGCGCUGGCUGGACGCGGACAGCUCUGCCAACGCCAACCCCCGGAACUACCUCGUCUUCGGCAGCGGCCCGCACAGAUGUAUCGGCAUCGAGUACGCGACGAUGAACAUGGGCCUCGUUCUUGCGCUUGCGAGCAUCCUGAUGGACUACGAGCACGUCUUGACGCCCGAGAGCGAGAAGGUCCAGAUCAUCGCCACGCUGUUCCCCAAGGAUGGCUGUCUCCUCAAGCUGACGCCUCGCCCGCGCCCAUGAGGCUCACAAAACGACGUGGAGGAGACUGACGGGAAUGAUACCCCUAUUCACUAUUAAUGAAGAUAGACGGGGGGAUUUUGGCGACGCGGCUUAAUAUUCGUCUGAUUCAACUGUGCAUCUUACUUUGCUUCGUUUUUUUAUCAUGUUUAUGCUAGUGCCCAAUGCGAUGUGUGUGCUCAGGCA